AGACAGACAGACAGACGUCUUCAGGCAGGACUGCUGUGUUACGGACUUGGCCAGCUUGUGUGGUGGUAGAUCUUUCUUUUAUUCUAUAAUUUUCUUCUUCUUUCGACCUCUUUUUCUUAUCUCUCGCUGUUCAUCUCUCUCAGACAUCUUUUUUCUCUCUUAUCCUCCAACCUCUUCUCAUUCUCCAACUUCUCCCCUCUUUAAAUUUGAAAAAGGUCUCUAAAACGCCACUCACAACUCCCCCCCCUCUCUUUUCAAUUAUUUUCUGAUAACGAGAUGUAUGUUUUCCCACACCUUUAUCGUAUAGCCCUCCUCAGGCCUAAGGUAGCCUAACCUACAACCGGCAGCCAUCUUCAUUUUCUUAGAUUACCUUGGUCCGCUGAAUUCUGUUCUCACCUAUUAACCCUGUUAGGCCCUGCACCCAUUAUUCACUGAGAGAUCAGAUGAUCUGAAUAGAGCUUUACAACUCUAUUGUCUCUGUAUAACAAUAAUAGCCCUUCAUCUAAUGUCUACUAUAGAUGUAGCACAUAUAGUUUCAAUGAUGUUAUAUCCUCCUGCCAAUAACCACUACUAAACCCAAACAGAUAAACAUUAUUAUAUUAUUCAACCACACAGAGGAUGCUUUCUGUGUACGGCUGUGCAGCUGCUUGUCCUGUGAGACACAUGUAUGUGCACUGCAUGUUGCAUGGGGGGGGGGCAGGGAAGAAUGGGGGUAUGUAUCACAGGGUUUUGGGGUGGGUGAACGGAGUGGUUGGCAUGGUCUUGCUGCAUGUCUGGGAUGUCGCCGUGACAACGGUUACCGCGAGCCUGUCUCACACACACUUAUGUCACGUUGUCUGUGUGUGUUGUCUGUGCAUGUGUGUGUGUGUGUGUGUGUGUGUGUUGGCUUGUGUCCAUUUCUCUUAUAUUGACAAGACCAGAAGGUGGAUAAAGGAUAAAUGAAAAUGAUGACUUUCCCCUACCAUGUCCCUCAGUUUUGGUUUAUCGCUUUAUGGCCUGGUCUCUGUUAAACUUUGUGAACCUCCAAUCCACUAGGGGGAGCUCUGUUAGUGGCAGCCAGCUGUCUGAUCUUACUGAUCUAGAAUCAGAUUAAUCUCCCAUAAUCCUGAAUUAAACUAUUCAAGGGGAAAAUGCACAAAGCUGACAUUUGAUCAGAGUCUAGCUUCAUCCUACACCUGCUAUCAGAGAAGGCAUAAAUAAUGCUGUGACACUACUGAACCUGUGAGGUCCUCCUAAGUAACACAACAAGGACUGUUAUUCAUAUCUGUGUACAGACAUGAACAACGUAACACCCAAAAGAGGAACCAACCAACUCCUAAUAAUCAGUAGUGAUAGUAUAAUACUAACCCUUUUAACCCUUUGGCUCUCACAGGCUGUAAAGAAAUCAUGGUAUCAUUUGCCACCGCCAUGAAAGGGUCAAAUGACUGAAAUAUCUAUGUUUAUAUCUAUUUGGUACUGAACGUACCUAAUAACAACUCAGCUGCCAAACAGCUGCCAUAACCUGUGUAGCAAUGCUAAUGACACAUUGUAUAGUUGACGUUGACAGACAGAAGUAUAGAUAGACAGACAGACUCAUAGAACCUACUACAAAAAACGACAGAGCUCCCUUUCCUCUUUUCCCCCUUUCCCUGUCUCCUCACCUGGAGGUUCAGAACACAACUACACCACCACUUCCUGGGACACACACCCUUUUUACUCACCCACCUUCCCCCGAUUGGCUCUUUCCAACAGAGGCUGCUUCGGAUGGACCUCCCGGUCGCCGACGACAACUCGGUCCACUUCAACUCCACCCUGAUGGCCCUGAUCCGCACAGCGCUGGACAUCAAGAUCGCCAAGGGUACGGAAGGUUUGGAACCCCUCUUUCCUGCUUGCCUUUUUCACCAUCUCUUCCCCCUGUUUCUUGUCUUCCCUAGAACAGAGCAGUGCAGUCUGCUACUGUAAGGUGGUUGUGUAUCGUGUGUACCCUGCUGUCCCUGAGACCUACAUCGGUACCUCUGCUUCUCCCACUGUAUCCUAAGUACAGCUCUUUUUCUAUAGAGUUUGUAUAGUUCUUAUUAAACAAUCAAAUGUGAUGUGCACUACUAGCCAUAGUUUCAGUGUAAUAGGGUUUCAAAUAGGCUACAGCUCUUUUUUGUAGACUUUGUAGAGUUCUUAUGUGAAAUAACAGUAAUAGUUUCAAUGUAAUUGAGUCCCACUUUAUUUGGUUGGCCCAAUCAAACUGAAGAUGGCCAGACAUACUAACUAUUUAAUCACAAUGUCACUGUGUUGCUGUUCCCUUCAGUUGAGUUACAUGAGUGAUCCAUACUAUACAUUUAAACUGGGAGUCAAAGCUCACCUCUAUUAACAAACCAAUUCUCUUGUGUCUGUGUGCUUGUGUGUGUUUUCAUGUUUGUGCCUCUAUGGCUCUGUUAUUAUUUGUAUCGAUGUGCAUGUGAAUGUGUGUGUUUAUGUGUGUGUGUUGCUAUUAUAUAUGUGUGUGUGUAUAUGCGGGUACACAUGUCUGUGUGUGUACCUUGGUGCAUAUGUGUGUGUGUGUGUGCUUGUGUGUGUGUGUGUGUCAUUGCGUGUGUGUAGGAGGUGUGGACAAACACCAGAUGGAUGCAGAGCUGAGGAAAGAGAUGAUGGCGAUUUGGCCCAAUCUCUCCCAGAAGACCCUGGACCUCUUAGUCACGCCACAUAAGUGUAAGUUGCAGUGUGUUUGGACCGCGAUGCAACCGCAACGUGAUGCCAGUGUCUGUCUACUUCUUCACGCCACCUGAGGACAGCUUCUCUCAACCAGUCUCCUUCACUGCUGCACCCUCUGAUAAAGCAGGCACAGCUCCCUACACACACACACACAUACACACACACACACACACACACAUACACACACACACACACACACACACACACACACACACACACACACACACACACACACACACACACACACACACACACACACACACACACACACACACACACACUUAUGCUUAUUAUGUACACAUAGACACAUACCAACACACACAGGAUCCCAUGAUUCCCACCAGUCCCAUCCUCCAAGAUGCCACACCUCAUUUUAGACCUCCAUCUCCAGCCUCCAUACACCUCCACCAGCCCUAGCCCCAUUUUCCUACAGCAGGCCGUGUACCCCAUCCACCAUCCACCACCCCCAGAACCAGUCCUCACACACCCAUACAGACCUCUUUUCUAGCACCCAUAUCACACCUCCACCCAACCCAACAACUGUACACAGCAGGCCUCCUCCUAAAGCCCCAAUGCAACAAUUCCAACUGCUAGUGUUUCCGGGCCACACCUCCACCAGACCCAAUACCAGCAGGCUGUCUGCCCAGCUCUGUGCCUGAGAUCAGGGGGUGCCUCUCUAUAGACCAACUCUCUAUAGUAGUCUUUUCACUCCAGGGGUUUAGUUAGUAGUACUGUAGGUCAGAACACGGCUGCUGUGCAUGUCUGAGGAAUACAUACAGGACUAGAAGGAAUGCACAAGUGCCAAAGUACUAGUUGCUAUGUAGAUAUUAGAUGUCUAUUAUAUGAAAGGAAGCAUGAUUUACAGUAUAGGUAAAGGCAUCUGGUCCAGGUUCGGUGUAGCUACUCACCAGAUUGCUAAGUGUACCUAAUCUUUACCAGAAUGCACAGGCUUCUGUGCCCUGCUAAUAACGUUCACACCAAAUUGAAAUAAAAUGUGUGUUAAUUUAGCAUGCUGGUGAAUGGUGUACAGAACUGACCAAUAGCACAAUACUUGUGAACUGGACUUUAUGCCCUUUUAUUGUGAAGAUGUGAUCUGCUGUUGAAACCUGGAAAUGACUCUCUUCCAAAGACUGUUUUCACACUUUUUUCUAUUCUGAAGCUCUGUUGUGUUUACCUGUUUGGAGAUAACAAACUGCAAGGUUCAAAUUCAGGGAACCAUUGGUCCAGCAUCAGAAUGCCAAAAAAGCAUCAAAACAGCCCCAGUAGUUCUGUUGGUACUGACCAGUCCUCUGCCAGGUCCCCACAUCUACACAAUGAAGUGGUCUUGAGUCUUGUCUUUUGAUUGAAGACCACCAGUCAGUAGUGCUAGAAAUACAGAUAUUGUUAGAAAAGAUCUAAACAAAGAAAGACUACAGUUACACAGAGAAAGCGAAAAUGUGACACAUUAUCAUUUUUUAGUCCGAGUCUGUUUGUGAAAAGACUAUCAGCUCUGUGUUCGUGUAUAUGUGUGUGUAUUCGUCUGUGAGAGUGUGUGUACAUCUGUGUGUGUAUAAGUGUGUGUGUCUCUCUCUCUGUGUGCAUGUCUCGCCCCCUCUACUCCCAUCCCUCUCGCUCAGGGUCCCAUACGUAGUGGUCUAAUCGUGCAGGGUAACUUGUCCCUCUCUCAGCAGCAACAGACCUGACGGUGGGGAAGAUCUACGCUGCCAUGAUGAUCAUGGAGUACUACAGGCAGAGCAAGGCCAAACGCUCUCAGGCGAGGCUAGAGGCGGAGCAGGUACAACUACUGUCCCUAGGAACCAUCCUCAAACCUUCAGACAAUGCAGACUGACUGAGGGCAGAGUCAAACUGACUAGAAAUACUGCUGUGCUGUUAGUACAGGGGUCAAAGCAGAGCUGUGACAACCCAUAACCACACCCACCCCCAGUCUUACUAUAGCCUUUACUUACUAUGUUGUUAUUGUAAGGUCACUUGUUAUCAUUGACCUCACCUGGCUAAAGGUUAGAGGUCAAAGCUUAGAGAACCACUGCCACUGGGUUUACCCACUCUAGCCUUGUCUCUCUGCAUCCUUCCAUCCUCCCUUCCUGCCUCUCUAUCUCUGCAGUUAGUCAGGGUUUAAGGUAUGAAACUUUAAUCUGUGAGGCCCUCUGGUGGACAAAGUAUUUCACUGCUGGUCCAUGUUGUAUUAUUAUUAUUAUUAUUAUUAUUAUUAUUAUUAUUUUUUAAUAUUUUUUUUCACCUUUAUUUAACCAGUUAGGCCAGUUGAGAACAAGUUCUCAUUUGGCUUACAUUAGAUUUGAUUAUUGCUAGAGCAUCUACACACAGAACCAUCAGAUGAUAUUUCAAGCACAAUUAUAUAAUUCUGAAUCACAAUUAUUUCUAAAGAAGAAGCACUUUUCUUGCUAUAGAGAAUCUUUGAAUUGGUCUGGGCUGGGUGUCUUUGUCACAGCUCUGGAUGGCGAACACUGUACGACGUUAAUGUACGUUCCUCACCUAAGCCUGUUCCCCUUUAUCCUCCCUCUCCCUGGCUGUGAAUCCACUGCUAGUGAUGAUGAUGAUGAUGAUGAUGAUGAUGAUGAUGAUGCUAUAUAGUCUAGUCUUCCCAAACCUGUAGCCACACCCUGGCCUUGGACUGUUGCCCUAUACCCUGGACUGUAGCAUUGCACAGUAGCCCCCAUUCCCUGUAGACAGAGAGAAUGCAUAUACAACCAAUACAAAGCAUCUUGUGUUUAUGUAGUCACAUGUGAAGCCAUUUCAGAAAUGUUUUAACUGUAAAGUAAAACAUGACGUUUUAAAUUACGGAGAUUGUUUUAUUUUGUUUUAUUUGUAUUUCUCACGCACACACAUACACAUGGUUUCCUAUUUUACAGACAGAGUCAUACUCCUCCACUCCUACUCCUUCUCUCUCACUGCACUCUAAGCAUGCCACUUUCCCUGCUCUGCUAUUGCCACCUGCCACCACUCUCUAUACACAACUCUCAGCCAUAUCAAUUCCCCAUGACUUCAUUGCUGCCAUCCAGCAUUCCUUCCUUGUAGGAUAGCACAAGGAAGAGGUUGGUCUUGAAGGGAUAGUCACUAAAUUCGAAGUAAAAAAUUAUAAUCUUAGCCUCCCAGUCAACUCUUUGUCUCUGACACAUGAUGUGAAGGGCGUGAGAGAGGCAGAAUAUUGAAAGAACUAGGAGUUAGUUGAGAGAGUCUGGCUCUGUCUGAGCUUUAAAAACUGACCUCAAACCUGCCUUAGCCAUGUGUAUAGAUUUGUAUACACACAUGCUUUUUGAAGAGUUGGUUGGAUGGGACCUACAGUACAAUAUGAGUCAGGGGGUAGUUUGAUUGUAGAAGUCACAGGAACUCCUCAGGAACAUGAUGGAGCUAUUUAAGAAGGAUACCACCUAAACAACUGUAGAAACCACCCUCCAUCACCUGUCAAACUACAAUGGAAGACUCAUAACACAAGCUGAGAAGAUUAUAGAGUUGGUCACCCAAUACUUAGAGUCAAGUCAUUGGACAUUUGACCGUGACCAUGUCAUAUGCUUGGUCUUCAUUCACAACCACAACCAUACCAUCCAGCUGGUCCUUGUGCUUUUAUUCUAAUGCUCCCAAGGUGUACUUACCCAUAACCACAAACAUGUAUGGAGCACAAACACUCACACACUGGAGUUUCUUGGGCAAUGAAUGUUAUCAAGCUUUUCAGACUCUUCAGCAUGCUCACAUGACAUGUCACAGCCCGAUGACGAUAAUUGAUGAUGUCACUGCAACAUCCUCAUCCAAUCGUUGCCAUGAGCACUGCUCCAUCCAUCCUGCUCUCCAGCCAAUGUCUGCUCUCCCACCCUUUACCCCUACACACCCUCUCCCCUCUCCCCUGUACCCCUCUCUCCACACCCCUCUUACUGAGAUGUCCCUCACUCUCCUCCCCCUUGCACCCUCACCUCCCUUCCCCUCCUUCCCUCCCCUCCCCUGCUGCUACAUGCUUACAGAAGGACAGGAGCAGAGGAGUGGACUUCCCUCCCUCUUGCACCAUUGCAUUAUCUUAUCUCAGACAAUAUUAUUACCAUAGUGUUAGAUAAGGAGAGACAUAGUAAAGGGUAGCAUCUAUCCUAGUGAUGAGAGUUUUUUCCCUGCAUGAUUCCAGGUAGAGCUUGCUGCCAUAGAUAAGCAUGUGGUUUGUCAUGAUAUGGGACGGAGAAUGGGGAUACCCUUGCUUCAAACGUUUCAGGUUCGGACAAGAACUGUUCCAAGUGUUUAGAAAUGACGAUUGGACAAACAUUGUUUGGAAUUUUUGUCAAAAUUACUUUUGUAAAAACAUUUGUGUGCUAUUUCCUUGUAUGACCUGGAACGUUUGUGAUCCAUCCACUUAAAACGUUGACCCUCCAUGGCUCGUGAAGUCCUUAAACCAACACAGCUACUUACCAUUGAUAAUCCAUUCCAGCUAGCAAGCAUAUACUGGCCCAGGAGCGGCCCACAGCUGGAAGCCAAAUGCGGCCCAACAACAUUUUGCCCAGUUAUCUUACAGACAUAAAAGUAGCAGUUGGUCAGUGUUAAGUGGAUGUGUAAUAACUGAAUGACACUGUAUGUGGUCAUUUGAAUGCACUUACUCCCACCAUGCAUUUCACCUACACUAAGAAAAAUAGGUGCUAUCUAGAACCUAAAAGGGUUCUUCAACUGUCCCCACAGGAGAACCAUUUGAUGAACCCUUUUUGGUUCAUGGUACAGCCCUUUCUACAGAGGGUUCUGCCUGGAACCCAAAAGGAUUAUACCUGGAACCAAAAAUGGUUUUCCUAUGGGGACAUCCAAAGAACCCUUUGGAACCCUUUUUUCUAAGAGUGUACUAUACGUUCCCAACAGGUCUUCUCUCAGUCCUCGUCUUCCUCUCUCUUUUUCAUCCCUCCUCUAUCCCUCCUUGUGUCCCCUUUCUCUCUCUCGAUCUUCGCUCACAUGGACUUCUACCUCUAUUCUUUCCUUUUCUCAUCCUCUCCUCCUGUCUUCCUUUCUCUAUCAUCCUUUUUAUAUUAUUUCCUGCCAAUUCUCCCUAUGUGUCAACGUCUGUUUUCAGCAGAGACUUGGAAUGUUCUCUUCCUGAUGGAUCUGUCCAUUGGUUUUGCACUGAUGUUCUGCCUUGUUCAACUCUUCCUUAUUCCCUCCCUGGUCUUGCUGUUCUACCGCUCUAAUGGGUUGUUGGACUGGCUCAAACUGCACCCACCGACUCUCAUUUCCUGGUUGCCGAUAGUGACCAUUUGGCUGUUCGAGGUCAAAUGAGGGUCAAAGGCCAAAAGCCAAGGUUGAAAUCCAAUCAGGUCACGAGGUGAACACUGUCGAUCCUGUCGAAUGGGUUGUGUAUUAAAUGGCACCCUUUUCAUGUUACAGUGCACUUCUUUUGAAUCAGAGCCUAGGUGAAAAUCAGAAAUAGUGUGCCAUUUGAGAUUUGUUCCUUUGAGCAACAUGCAAAUUGUCUGAUCAGAUAAAAAAUACUGUAGACAAAGACCUUAAUUAAUGCCAUGCAAAUCCAGACCUCUUUGUAGCAUCCAACUGAACACUUCCACAUCCAUAGCUAGGUACUGUAUACUGUAGGUCAUAUACAGUGCCUAUGGGUCUGGUUAAUGCCCUUAAUUCAUGGUGACCUGGAAGUAGAUGAUUCAUUGGCAUGAGCCUUCCAUUCUCACAUUUACAGCAGGACUCCAACUCCCCUCCCAGAAUGCGCUCUGGCUCAGUCAGCCCCUGCUGACUGAAACCCCUCCUUCCCCCUGGAUGCUGUGACCUGCUCUGAACUCACUUUCUUCCCCACCUUCCCCAUUUCCUGUAUGUCUGCCUUAAAGCCGGUGGCCAUGUUGUAUCUCACACAGAAUCGAACAACAUUACCGUUUCAGCGCGUGGAGCCGCCCUCUCCCAUCCAGGACGGGCCUCUCAGCCUCCCUCCUACCCAGCCAGCAGACCUCGUCAACAGCCUGUGAGUAGACCCCUGUCCCCCCCUCCUCCGCCUCUCUCUCUGGGUCUCUCUCUCUGUCCUCUCCCUCUCUCUCUCUGUUUUCUCUCUCCCUCUUUCUCUGCAGCCAGAGGGAGGAUGGGUAGUGGCUCCACAGGUGGAGUGUCGUCCACGAGAAGGAGGAGCAGGCCGGCACGCUGGGCGGACAUGCCUCACGUGUAGAGGACCUGUGUGUGUAUGUGCAUGUGUGUGUUCAGAAAGGCUGGUGUAUGGGUUUGUGGGGAUGAGUGGAUGAGUGCAUUCAGUUAGCCUCAUACAAGCGCUGAAUGCAUGGGUCUGAUGAAGGUGAUGUAUAUGGGUGCCUGGUUUGUGUGUAUGCAUGCAUGCGUGAGUGUGUGCGUGUCUGUCUAUCCGUGUGUAUAUAUGUCCCUGGUCUGACUGUGUGUGUGUUGUAGACCGGUGAAGGGAGGUGGUGUUUGUAUGAAUGCGAGGGGCCUGUCUAACUGUCUGUAUGUUGUAGACCGGUGGAGGGGGGGGUUCCAGGGAGCCAGUCGUGGGUGACAGUGCGGGCUCAGGAGAUGUCCCAGAGAGUAGGCAGCUGGAGCCCUGAGGGACAGCACUCUGAGGACGGCCUGGACAGCAGGCAUAACUCACAGGUAACACAUACACACAGGCGCGCACUCAUACACAUACACACACACACAUACACACACCAGCAUCCAGAGGAAUCCCUGGACAACAGACAUAACUCAUAAGGGUAUAUACUCGCACACACAUACGCACAAAUAGAGAUCAAUACAGUACAUGCAUGCCAUAUGUACAGUAUGUCAUUGCACACGAGAACACACUAAGAAAUGGUUCCAAGUAAACAUGAAAUAAUGAUUUUCUUUCAUGUUAUUCAUGUUUCAUGUUGUUAGUCUGAACAUCCACAUAUUUGCAUUGGACUGGUUCAUAUACAGUGGGGAAAAAAAGUAUUUAGUCAGCCACCAAUUGUGCAAGUUCUCCCACUUAAAAAGAGGAGAGAGGCCUGUAAUUUUUAUCAUAGGUACACGUCAACUAUGACAGACAAAAUGAGAUUUUUUUCUCCAGAAAAUCACAUUGUAGGAUUUUUAAUGAAUUCAUUUGCAAAUUAUGGAGGAAAAUAAGUAUUUGGUCAAUAACAAAAGUUUCUCAAUACUUUGUUAUAUACCCUUUGUUGGCAACGACACAGGUCAAACGUUUUCUGUAAGUCUUCACAAGGUUUUCACACACUGUUGCUGGUAUUUUGGCCCAUUCCUCCAUGCAGAUCUCCUCUAGAGCAGUGAUGUUUUGGGGCUGUCGCUGGGCAACACGGACUUUCAACUCCCUCCAAAGAUUUUCUAUGGGGUUGAGAUCUGGAGACUGGCUAGGCCACUCCAGGACCUUGAAAUGCUUCUUACGAAGCCACUCCUUCGUUGCCCGGGUGGUGUGUUUGGGAUCAUUGUCAUGCUGAAAGACCCAGCCACGUUUCAUCUUCAAUGCCCUUGCUGAUGGAAGGAGGUUUUCACUCAAAAUCUCACGAUACAUGGCCCCAUUCACUCGGAUCAGUCGUCCUGGUCCCUUUGCAGAAAAACAGCCCCAAAGCAUGAUGUUUCCACCCCCAUGCUUCACAGUAGGUAUGGUGUUCUUUGGAUGCAACUCAGCAUUCUUUGUCCUCCAAACACGACGAGUUGAGUUUUUACCAAAAAGUUCUAUUUUGGUUUCAUCUGACCAUAUGACAUUCUCCCAAUCCUCUUCUGGAUCAUCCAAAUGCACUCUAGCAAACUUCAGACGGGCCUGGACAUGUACUGGCUUAAGCAGGGGGACACGUCUGGCACUGCAGGAUUUGAGUCCCUGGCGGCGUAGUGUGUUACUGAUGGUAGGCUUUGUUACUUUGGUCCCAGCUCUCUGCAGGUCAUUCACUAGGUCCCCCCGUGUGGUUCUGGGAUUUUUGCUCACCGUUCUUGUGAUCAUUUUGACCCCACGGGGUGAGAUCUUGCGUGGAGCCCCAGAUUGAGGGAGAUUCUCAUUUUGUCUGUCAUAGUUGACGUGUACCUAUGAUGAAAAUUACAGGCCUCUCUCAUCUUUUUAAGUGUGAGAACAUGCACAAUUGGUGGCUGACUAAAUACUUUUUUUCCCCACUGUAGAUCUAGUGUCCUGGUGCUCUUGACUUACAGGAUAUUUAGGGAAUCCAUUGUUGAAUCAACUCGUAAACAGAGUCACCAUUGGCUCUGUUUUAUUCCUGCCUGUUGUCCAAUUCCAUAUGGUCCCUAUAGCUCCUCCCCCCCAUAGGCACUUAAACAGAUCUGAAAGGUGUAAGCAAUACAGCACAUUCAUCUAAUGGCAUCUAAUGGCAGGAGUUAGAGAUAGUUAUUGGGAAAAUGUGAACAUGUUGGUUUCCCUAUAACCUGCCCUGAUUGGCUAUGCCUGCCUUAAACCCUCCCACCAUUCACAUCCCAUACCCCUCUAUCCCCAAGCCCUCAGCCCCCAGGCCCUCAGCAUCUAAGCCCUCAUCCCCCAAGCCCUCAGCCCCCAAGCCCUCAUCCCCCAAGCCCUAAAUAACAUUUUACAAUCAAAAUCAAAAUCAGUCUGUUUAAUCAGUCUGUUUUUUUGUAUCGGCUGCGUCUCAAUCCACCACAUAUGGCUAUGUCGGCAUUCCGCAUCUGCUGUGGAAAGUGGCAGAACUACAGCACUGUUUGUCAGACCAGGAGACAUCCCGAAAAUCGGUCUCCUCACGAAAACGUCUGUAGCAUCCAAACGAUGGUUUUCUCCGUUUUGCUCUACGACACCCACAAGUGUCACGGGACUCGUCUGAAAGUAACCCUGUACCGGGUUAAAAAAGGAAUCGAAAUAUGGAAGUAUGCUAUAUAUACAAAAGUAUGUGGACACCUCUUCAAAUUAGUGGAUUCGGCUAUUUCAGCCAAACCCAUUGCUGACAGGUGUAAAAAAUCAAACAAACAGCCAUGCAAUCUCCAUAGCCAAUCAUUGGCAGUAGAAUGGCCUUACUGAAGAGCUCAGUGACUUUCAACGUGGCACCGUCAUAAGAUGCCACCUUUCCAACAAGUCAGUUCGUCAAAUUUCUACCCUGCUAUAGCUGCCCCAGUCAACUGUAAGUGAUGUAAUUGUGAAGUGAAAAUGUCUAGGAUCAACAAUGGCUCAGCCGCGAAGUGGUAUGCCACACAAGCUCACAGAACGGGACCGCCGUGUGCUGAAGCGCUUUGCGCGUAAAACUGGUCUGUCCUCGGUUGCAAUGAGUUCCAAACUGCUUCUGGAAGCAACGUCAGCACAAUAACUGUUUUUUUAUUUUUAUUUUUUUUAUUUUUUAUUUUUAGGGGGAGAUCAGCUUUAAUAUUGCAGAUAGAUUUGUAGCUUCCAUCAGUGUAAUUGUCUGCAUCAUUUCCAAUCGCCCAUAUAUUUUUGGGUAACUAUAUAUAUAUACAGUACCAGUCAAAAGUUUGGACGCACCUACUCAUUCAAGAGUUUUUCUUUAUUUUUAGUAUUUUUUACAUUGUAGAAUAAUAGUGAAGACAUCAUAACUAUGAAAUAACACAUAUGGAAUCAUGUAGUAACCAAAAAAGUGUUAAACAAAUCAAAAUAUAUUUGAGAUUCUUCAAAUAGCCACCCUUUACAGACACUUCAAAACCUUAGUCCUUAUGAUUUAUUUUUUGACUGUCUGUUUUGACAUUUAUGAAUGUGUUAUUUAAUGUGUUUCUAUAGGCUAUAGUAGUAAAGGGCAAAUUCUAUAUUUUAUCAAUUUUGUAUGUACCUAAAGGGGUUCAAAACAACCUAAAUCAAAUAUCUAAACGAUCCAUGGUAUGACCAUCUUAAAAUGAUUCCAUAUGUUAUCUUAGACUUUUAGAGGUUACAUUUCAACUUCAAUGGGGUAGGGAUGUCCCAAGGAUACCGGAUAGCACGGACCAGGCCCUCAGCCCCCAAACCCUCAGCCCCCAAGCCCUCUAUCCCCAAGUCCUCUGCACCGAAGCCCCCUGCCUCAGCCUCAGCAUCAGCAGUUCCCGCUUUUGAUCCAAGUCCAGGUCCAAGCUCUAGCUCCUAGACCACAGCCCUAGCCCCUCGCUCUAGAUCUAAACCUAGUCUUAAACCUUACCCGUCCCCAUUUCCCAGGCCCAAACCCCAGUCCCCCCACACUACACUACACGCUACUGUACACCACAGGAGGCUGCUGAGGGGAGGACGGCUCAUAAUAAUUGCUGGAACAGAGCAAAUGGAAUGUCAUCAAACACAUGGUAAACAUGUGUUUUAUGUAUUUGAUACGCUCCAUUAAUUCCGCUCCAACCAUUAACACGAGCCUGUCCUCGCCAAUUAAGGUCCCGCCAACCUCCUUUGCUGUACACACUACACUCGCCCACACUCACAUAGGAUAAAGGAUGACAAACAGACCAUUGUCCCCCGUCGUAUUCCUUCAUCACAGUCACGCCUGCUCUCACUCUAUUUUGCAGACGGUAGAGAUGAGAGAGAUGGGGCGUGACGGUUACUCGGAUACCGAGCACUUUCAUCCAAUGGAAGGCCACGGAAGGGCCGCUUCCAUGCCACGCCUUCCAGGCGACAACCAAGUGAGCACCCCUCAUUUCCUCUCCUCCUUCCCUCCCUCUCUCGCUCCCUCUAUCUUUCCAUCUCCUUGACUCAAUCUCCACGAUAAGCUACAUGACUAGAGACACACAGAGACUAGAGACAGACUAUUUAUAAUCCAACACAGUGCAUCACAAUUAAACAAGUUACACUGAAAUACUAUAAAACAUUGCUGAAAAUGGACACACAUUGUGAUACUUUCAAGCAUUUAGUUUUUUAUAAAUGCAUGGUAUUUGAAGUGAUAUCAUGCAUUUUGACGGUAGCUACCCUUUCUAUGCUGUUGAAAUAUCGCCCAUAGGAUGUUUGCCAGAAAGACUUACAGGUAAGUCUUAUAGACUACCAUACCAAACACCCCAACACUCCUCUCUUCCUCUCCUCCUCCUCUCCUCUCCUCCUCCUCUCCACUCAUCCCCUACUGCAUGGAGGUGUGUUACUGUGGUUGUCCCUUCUCAUCCAAUACCAAGUCGUCUCUGCUAUGCUGUCACACACACUUUGCUUAAGGUAGUCCAUCAUAUCCGAUGAUGACUUCCACUACUGCUUGUGGGUUCGCUGAUGACUGUAUAAUCCGAUGCGGGAUACAGACUGUCUGCCACAGACAGAGCACACAAAGGCCUGUCCCGUUGAAGCCAGUGCAGGCAUGGUCUACGUUCAGUCCAACUGCACUCCUUGAUGACAGAGGCCAUGCCAGGUGGAACAGUCCACAGCAACAGUCUGGAGGGAGGCAGGGUUUAUCCCACACUUCUUUAGUGAUGUCUUCAGUUAGUCCUUUAGCCACUUUUUCUGCCCACCUGCAGAGCGACAGCCCAGUUGUAGCUGUCCGUACAGCAUCUUUUGUGGUAGGCUAUCCUCUGGCAUCCGGAUGACAUGGCCGAGCCAUCUAAGCUGGUGGUGUGUGAUGGACGCCUCAAUGCUCAUGCAAUUGGUUCUCUGUAGGAUCUCUGAGUGCGGAACACGGUCCUGCCAGGUCACUUUCAACGUGUGUUGAAGGCAUUGUAUGUGAAAGGACUCCAGUUGUUUUAAGUGUUGGCUGUAGACUGUACAUGUUUCACAUCCAUAAAGGAUGGUAGAUACACACACUGCCUGGUAGACUGCAACUUUGGUGUGGAGGUGCAGGUUGCUGUUAAAAACCCUCUUCCUUAGCCGUCUGUUUGACCAGAUUCUGGAUAUCCUGGUCGAGGGGAUGCUUCCAAGAUAUUUAAAAUGUGAUACAAUGGCAAGUCUGAGAUGGAGAAUGCAGGUGUUUCAGGCGGAGGAUCAGAUGACCACUGACAUAGGACCUCUGUUUUUGGGAUGUUAACAGACAGCCCCAUUAUGCUGUAUGUUCUCACAGCUGCUGUGAGCGUGGCUUGUAGAGCUUCUGGGGUAUGUGCCACAAGAGUGCAAUCAUGCGCGUACUAGAGCUCAAGUACAUGUUAAGAUUUGAGCUUUAUGGCAGCUUGGAGCUUCCUAAUGUUGGAGAAGUUCCCGUCCAAUCUGAAGUCCAGGGUCACACCACUCUCUGUUUCCAUGUCCUUGUGCAGGACUGUUGUGACACAUAGAAGGAAAACAUUGAAUAGGACCGGCGCAAGCACACACCCUUGCCUCACACAAGUACCAACUCCAAAAGGGUUCAGACUCCUGACCGCCUAUUCUUACUCUGGCCACCAUCCCCUCAUGGAACUGACGCAGGACGUUCACAAAUUUCCCAGUGCAGCCAUACUGCAGGAGGACCAUCCAAAGGAGUUCACGGUGUACUGUGUCAAAGGCUUUGGAGAGAUCCAGAAAGGCCAUGUACAGGUCUUGUGUCUGUUCACUGCACUUUUCCUGCAGUCGGUGUGCACUGAAGCUCAUGUCCUCCAUGCUUCUGUUCUUUCUGAAUCCGCACUGGGACUCCGGUAGCAGAUCUUCAGUGAUGGUGUCGAUGAGUCUGUGGUGCAUGACCUUCGCCAGGACUUUGACAGCAACUGGAAGGAGUGAUAUUCCCCUGCUGUUGCCGCAGAUGGAUUUGUCCCCCUUGUUUUUGUAUAUGGUGACAAUGUUUGCAUCCCUCCAUUGAUGGGGGAUGCUCUCUUGUCUCCAUAUCUCAGAGAUGAACAGGCAAACUGCUCUGGUACAGAGAUAGCCCCCCUGUUUUAGGAUUUCAGCAGGGAUGGAGUCAGGUCAAGGAGUUUUGUUAUUCUUCAGAAAAGGUGGGUGGAAGAUCAAGGCUCUGGAUGGUGGGCAUGGUUGGGAGCUCCUCCAGGACUGAGUAGUCAACUGGGCUCGGCUGGUUUAAGAGGGCUUCACCUCUGGACUAUCGUAGUUUGGUCCUUUAUGAGAGUGGACCCAUCUGCACUUCUGAGGGGACAGAGAAAGCAACUUCUUGGGCCGUGGGUGGUCUUCAGGGCAUCAUAAAAGUUGUGCAUGUCAUAUCUGUCCACACAAGAUUGGAUUUCUUGUGCUUUGGAGAUCCACCACUCAUUUUGUAGAUGUCGUAGAGCACUCUGUGCCUUCUUCAGCUGCUACACAAACACAAACACACACACACACACACGUACACACAUACACACACACACACACACAUAAACACACACACACCAGCACACAUGCACAUUGUUCUGCCCUCAUAACUAUCACUGCUGUCAAGCCCAAGAUCUUCUUUCUUUCUCUUUCUCUCUCUGGCCUCAGUUCUUAUCUUCCAUCUAAAUCAAUCUUUCUUUCCCUCUUCUCUAAUGGUUUUGCUACAAAGGUGACUUGAAAUGUGGGGUUUUGUUUCAACCAGGUUUGAAUUUGAAAUCAUGCCCAACUGUGUCAUUUUGGGUCAAUAUUUAUUUGUGAAGGUGUUGUUCAAGUGGUCUAGUAGUGUACUAUCAUGCUCAAACUAAAAAAUAUAUAUUAAAUAGAAUACUACUAUCUUGAAACAAAAACUGUCACCAGGUUGAAACAGUGCUUUUGCUCUGAUAUGAUUAAGUGUGCUGCUGCUAUGUGUGGAUGUGUGACUGUGUCCUGAUGUUCUGAGAGAGUGUGUGUUUGUCGGUGUGCAUGUGUGUGUGUGUAUGCGUGUGUCGUCCAGUCUUCUUUCGUACUCUCGUGUGUCGUGAGUUGUGCCUUUACACUGUACUUCACUGUACUGUUGUUUUUGCCGUAGUAGCGUGAUGUGUUAAGGUGUUGAUGGGUGUUGUUGCUAUGGUGACUGUGGUGUAGAUGGUAGUGUUGUUGCCAUGGUGACCCUGUCUAUAACACUGUCUCUGGCCCUCCAGUGUCUGUGCGCUACUGUGGUAAGUGUUGUUUUUCCCCUCACCGCUGCUUUUGUGUCUAACCGGGUUCUCUCUCUCUCCUCUCCUCUCCUCCCUCUCACCUCCCUUUCUUUUCGGGUUAUCCCCACCCACAUUUAUCCCCCUCUCCAUUUCUCCCUCUCUCUCUGCCCACGCCUCCCCCUGUUAUCGGGUUUUCACGCCCUCCCCUUACCUUCUUCACCUCUCCCUUCACUCUUUAUUUGCGUAUUCAUCUCUCUCUCCUUCCCUGUCCGUGUGUCUGCGCGGUGGUCUGUGUGUGCUCUACCUGUGCUGUAUCCGUGGCUGUGGUGUGUGUGUGUGUGUGUCUUCUCUGUGCUCACACAGCAGCGAAGGAAAGGGAGGCAGCGUGGAAAUAACCUCAGUGUAUGUACCCUGUCUCCCCCAUCUCUCCCCCUUUCUCUCUCUCUCUCUCUCUCUCACUCACUCAUUCACUCACUCACGAUGACCAUUUUUCUCUUUCUCUAUCUGUCUCCAUCUCUGCCUCUCUCUCUUCAUGUCAUCUCCUAACAUGGUUGUGAAUUUCUAAGUCAGUUAAACACAUAGUUCUUAGCUGAUUCAAUUGGAUUUCAUAAGUUCAGACAAUUUGAUUCAGUGUAGUUAUCUUAACUUUUUUUGUCAACACAGCUGUUAUGUUGCUUCAGUUGAUUUGACUUCAUGGUUGUUAAUUUCUAAGUUGAGUACACACAAUUGCUUAGCUGAUUCAACUUGAUUUUAUAAGUUAAGACAAUGUAUAAGUGGUAGUUAUCUUAACAUGACAUUUUUUGUCAACACAACUGUUAGGUUGCUUUAGUUGAUUUGUCUUCUUGGUUCUGAUUUGAAAAUUGAGUGAACACAUUGUUCUUUGCUAACUCAACUUGAUUUGAUAUGUAAACAAAAUGUGUCUACUCAACAAAUUGAGUUGACUUGGCUAGAUAAAAUGAGUCAUUUUGACUGAAUCUGAAUAUGUCCCCCUCUCCUUCACCUCUCUCUCUCUGUCCUCUCUCUGAGUUUUUCCAUUUAUGUGUAUCUUCUGUGUCUUUCCUCUCAUUUCUCUCUUUUCUCUCAAACAAUAGCUGGUACUCUUCCCCUCCUAUUUGUCUUUGACUACCGUGUCUGUUGACACAUAAGACUGACUGAUCCCAGGGUAGGAGCUUCAAGCUCUGAUUCUUCCACUAACCGAUUUCAAUUCAGUUCGAAUCAAAUGUGCUUUUAUGGCAUGAUUACUCAAAUGCUAAAACCCAAAUUGACCCCUAUCCUCUAAUGUAGAUCUGAUCUGAAAAGAUUGGUUACUGUAUGUACACUGAGUAUACCAAACAUUAGGAACACCCAGUGGUGAUUUUAGCGUGGAAAUCUUGGUGGAGCAAACAAAAAAAUUUAUCGUUUUAUGCAUGCCAGCAAAGCCACUACACAAUACAACGCAACACUAAACAAUACAUUAAUUGCACUAUAACGGUGACAAAGGGUGCCCACAAACUGUUAGGGCCUACAUAAAGCUGUCCCAACAGCAGAGCUUUCUUUUCAGCAACAUGGAGUGAAUCCUUACCCCUGCUACACCUGGCUAUCAGUGGAGCCUUGUCUGGCAGCGAAACAGUUAAUUCAGCCUCAUUUACUGCCUUUUUAAAAAGCAUAACUGAUAUGGCUGACUUGCUUAAACAAAUGUGGUUUAUAUUGACAAUUGAGAGGUACAAACUAUGUCAUAAGGGAACGAUGAGCGGAUAAGAGGCAAUCCGUAAACUCGAUUAAGACAUUAAUGAGCGAGCUAAGACGGACGUAGUCAAUAUAACUAUUUGUUCAGCACUUUUGAAAUGUACAGCGACAGAAUUCAGAACAUGGGCCGUUCUUACAGUAUUCUCCCUGUACACCAAGUCAGAACCGUAGGAAAAAUAAAGUGGGCAUAUAAGCAGACAAUGAAAGCUCUUCCAAUAUUCAAUUAUGACAUUUCUCUAAAACAGGCUAUAGGCUACAUGUGCACCACCAAGUCAAAACAGUAGGCUGUUAUGGGGGGGAAAGGGACCAAAUUAUUAGGGUGAGGCACAUGGGCUACUAACAGCUUACUACACAACAUACACUUAGUAUUACUUUCUUAGCUACAGUAUACAUAUCUCCCUGGCAUAUUACAUAAUUUAUGCAGCAGCAUACAACACAUUUUUGGACUUACCGUUGUGCUGUGCUCACUUGAACAGGAAGGUGGCGCGGCUGUCCUUCUUGUGGGCAAAUUUGGUCAUGAAACUUUGUCAUCAAAGUCUGUCAUUCUCUGGAUUUAUGGUGCUUUCAAGACAACUGGGAACUUGGCAAAAACAAGGCCGAAUCAUGACGUCAAUGAUCUUCAGGUUGGAGCUCUAGAAAGAGGCCCGAAUUCCCGACUUGGAAUUCUGAGUUGGAUGACCCUUCAAAACGUAUUUUCCCAGUUGUCUUGAACUCACUGAAGUCUGAGAUUUCUGAGUUCCGAGUUUCCAGUUGUUUUGAACAUGGCAGAAAUCAUGCUGGAUUGACAGCAUGGCCAAUGUAUUCAACCUUUUCUGGCCCAUGGGGUUACGUGAGAAUGUUUUCCUUUAAACUUGGAAAAGAGACCCUUAAACCCAGACUUGGACCACACACCCUCUCCACUGAAUAGCAGGCUCUGCCCCACCUGCUCUGAAUGACGGGUCGGCACUGGGAACACCUUCCUAAUAUUGAGUUGCACCCCCCUUUUUGCACCCCACAGUUCUUGACCCAAACUGGUGCACCUGGCACCUACUACCAUACCCCGUUCAAAGGCACUUACAUCUUUUGUCUUGCCCAUUCACCAUCUGAAUGGCACACAUACACAAUACUUGUCUCAAUUGUUUCAAGGCUUAAAAAUCUUUUAACCUGUCUCCUCCCCUUCAUCUACACUGAUUGAUGUGGAUUUAACAAGUGACAUCAGUAAGGGAUCAUAGCUUUCACUUGGUCAGUCUAUGUUAUGGAAAGAACCGUUUUGUAUACUCAGUGUAUAUGCAAAAUAUAAGCAAUAUGGUAAUAGCUCCACCUUGCCCUCUGAUAGGCUAGAUGGAUUUUUGCCAUAUUACUUACACCUUGGCACAAGGAUUGGAGAGGUAAGUGUAAAUUAGCCCUGUUCCAACAUCCUGACCUCGCAUAAUCACAUUCACCAGGCAAGUGCCAAGGGGGUGGGGUCUAGGUGUUGAUUUGGGAUUGGCAGACUCUGCACCCUCUCUCUGUCUCUCUCUCUUCCUGCAGCUGCUGCUCUGUGUGUGUACCAUGUGUGUUGUGUGUAUCAUGCCUGUGUUCUUGUCUGUGCUGAUGUCAUCAAUGUGCUGCUGUAUUGGUGUUGGUGUUGCAUGCAUGCCAGGAAUAUGUGUGCACUUGCUGGAGUGAUUGUGUGCGUGCAUGCGUGUGUGUGUAUGCUUGGUGAGUGUGUUUGUUGUGUGUGCUUGGUGUGUACUUGGUGUGUGUGUCCAUGUGUGUUUGUGUGUGUGAGGGUAUCCUAGCUACACACUGUCUGCUGGUUUCAGUCCAUUAUCAUCUAUUCUGGUUUCAACCUGGAAUGCUAGGGGAGUUAUCUCUACAGCCAAAUGUUCCCUUUGUUCAAUAAAGAAUCAGAAACCAGCAGACACUGCUGCCAUGGCGGACUAGUACUGAGCAGGCCUGGUAUGUACAGUAUGCACUAUGCAGGUGUGUACCAGGCCUGGUAUGUACAGUAUGCACUAUGCAGGUGUGUACAUUGUAGGCACUGUCCUGGUGUCCAGCAGCCCUAGGGGGCCAGAGCGGCUCCCCGUGCCCCAGAAAGAGAGCUCCUGAGAGGGGCGGAGGACUCGGGACAGCUCCUAUGUGCCUGCAUGGCUGAAGGGAGGCACGCUGACACAAAGGGGGCUGGCAGAGCCUUGUGCGCAGCCUGGAUUGUGUUAUGAUUUUGGGGGAGGGAUUGGGAGGGUAUGGGGUGGGUUAGUCUUUUGGGGGGAUGAGGAGAUACUGACCUAUCUUUCCAGAUAAAGUCCUGGAUGCAUGUCAGGCAUGGCCUUUUACCUCCCUCUUAUCUCCCUUUCUUCUUACUUUUACUGUUGUUUGUCUUCUUCCUCUUCUCUCUCUUUUUUUCUCUUUCUCUCUCUUUCUCUUUCUCUCUCUCUCUCUCUCUCUCUCUUUCUCUCUCUUUCUCUCUCUCUCUUUCUCUCGUUCUUCUAUCUUAUAUCUUCUCCUCUAUUAUCUCUCUCUCUUAUUCUCUUUAUACCUCUCUCUCUCUUCUCUCUGUCUUUCUCGCUCUCUCUCUCUUUCUCGCUCUCUCUCUCUUUGUCUUUCUCGCUCUCUCUCUCUUUCUCUCUCUCUUUCUCUUUCUCCCUCUCUCUCUCUCUCUCUCAGUCUCUUUCUCUCGCUCUCUGCCUGAGGCAGCAUGAUGUAUAUAUGAUACUAAUACAGGGAUGUGUGGGGAACAGUAUGGUGCCCACCUCUACAAGGUUAUACUGUAUAUGGUAGGAAUGUAGAAACACACACAAGCACACACAAGUAAAAGUCAGGUAAACAACUAUACAAUGUAUAUACACAUACAAACACACACACACACACACUAACAAGUCGACAAGAAAGUCUACAUCCCUCCGUUUCCCCAUUAUAUCUGUUCUGAAGACUAUAGAAUGGAGACGCGAGGAAAGUAAACCCAAGAAGCCUGCUGUGUUACUACUCUUUUUCUCUCUGUCUCACUCUCCCAUCAUCCCUAUCCCUAUCCCUCUCUCUCUCUCUCUCUCUCUCCAUCCCCCUCUAUCAGACUAUAACAGAUAAUAGUCCUAUGAAGCGCUCGGCCUCCUCCCUUGGUCACAGUCGAUCUGGGAGGGGCCAGAGGGAAAGGGGAGGGGCCAAUGAUUAUGCAAUGGAUCGUGUCAUCCCUGAGGAGGGCGGAACACCGAGGCACAGCCACCGACGCCGUGACCGAAGCCACCGGGCCUCAGAGCGGUCACUGUGUCGAUAUACAGACGCAGAUACAGGUCAGAGACAGAAUGUGUGUGUGUGUGUGUGUGUGUGUGUGUGUGUGUGUGUGUGUGUGUGUGUGUAUGUGUGUGUGCGUGUGUGGGUGUAUGCUUGUGUGCGUGUGUGUGCGUGUGUGUGUGUGUGUGUGUGUGUGUGUGUGUGUGUGUGUGUGUGUGUGUGUGUGUGUGUGUGUGUGUGUGUGUGUGUGUGUGUGUGUGUGUGCGUGUGUGGGUGUAUGCUUGUGUGCGUGUGUGUGCGUGUGUGUGCGCGUGCGUGCGUGCGUUGGUCGGGAAGGGUUCAGAAUGUGUGUGAGUCAUAGAGUGUGUGAGGAGAACAUGCUUUGUUCCCUGAGUUGCUGCUGUGUCAUAGUGUGUUUUAUGUUGUCAUGAUGUCAUGGUUACAAAGACACUAGUGAUACCAUGACGACAACACUAACUGGCCUCCGUCCCGGCAGGACUGGGCACAGACCUGAGCACCACCACUCAGUCAGGUGACCUGCCACCCAAGGAGAAGGACCGUGACCGCGACAGAGACCGCGGUCGGCAGAAAGACCGCAAACACCACCACCAUCACCACCACCAUCACAGCGGCUCUGUGGACAAGGAGCGCUACACACCAGACCGCGCCGACCGGGGGGGAGAGCACGGUGGUCACAGACAGCCCCGAGGAGACAGAGACCACGAUCGGGACAGGGAGCAUGACCGUCGAUGGUCACGGUCACCCAGCGAGGGCAGAGAGUGCAUGACACACAGACAGGUGGGCUUCUAUGAUGCGUGUCAACAUUGAACCACCUUCCUAACUAUUUUAGCCUCAGGUUCUCCUUUGAGUUCUGCCUUGAGUGUCUCCCCCAUCUCCUUGGCCUAAAUACCUUUAGGCGGCUGACUGUCUCUUAUGUUUCCCUUUUUGACACUUCCAUACAUUGUCUAUUCAUGAACUAACAAAACUUUGAAAGAUCAGAAGUUUGUUUAUAGGAUUCAGCAGUUUAGACACACACUUACACACAGAGGUGAUGGGUUAACAACCUAGAUUCAGAUAAGAGACAGACAUGUGUGCUGAACAAGGCAACAACACUGAAAGAGUGCAUUGUGGGUACCUUCACAAUCACCGUUUUGAUGCCUACUGUGUCAGAUCUGAUCUCUUCUUUUCUUUUCUCCUGUUGUUUUUGUGUCCUCUCUUUAUUCUUUGUGACUCAUCGCUUUCUCUGUUUCCUACGGUGUAUGCUGACUCCCAUCAUUUUCUAUAUGUCUCUUCUCUUUCUUUGUUGCUUUUUUAUGUCUUUCUUUUCCGCCAUCCUUCCUUCCCCUCACACGCUCCUGAUUGCUCUCUUCUUCUUCUUCUUUUUCUUCUUCUUCUUCUUCUUCUUCUUCUUCUUCUUCUUCUUCUUCUCUUCGUUUGCUCGUUGCUGUUGUUGUUCUUGUUGUUAUUGUCUGUUGUUCUCUCUCUCCCUCUCUCUUGAUCUAUCUCUUCUUGUCUUUAUCUCUUUCUCUCUUCUUCACUCUCCCUUUUUGCCCAUCCCCCUCAUCUGCCUACCAGCUCUCUCCAAAUCACCCUCACUACUCUCUCUCUUCCCCCUCCCUCCCUCUAUCUCUUCUCCCUCUCUCUCUGUUCGUGUCGUCGUUAAUUUUGUGGUUCUUUUUUUAUUUGCCUUCAAUGUUUGUGUAGGGCAGUAGUUCGGUGAGCGAAAGUCCCGCCCCCUCCACCUCGGGGACCAGUACCCCGAGACGAGGCCGUCGGCAACUCCCCCAGACCCCGGCAACGCCCCGCCCACAUGUCACAUACUCUCCCGUUGUCCGUAAAGCCAUGGCCACACCUCCCGGAGCCCAGCCCCAGGGGCGCAAUCCUGCCCCCCCGCACCCUAACCGCUUUUCCCCCGAGCCCCCCCAGGGACCUCCCCCGCCACACCAUGGCUCACCCCGCCAGGCCCGCCACCCCCCUCCCCGCUGGGGGGAUGGAGGAGGAGGAGGAGAGAGUGGGUCGCUGGAGGGCGACGGCUGCUUCUACAACCAGGACUACCAGGAUUACGACCGUGAGCACCACGAACCGCCUGCCUACGAGCAGAGCCCCACGCAGGGCAACCCUCACAACCCUCACCCCCUCAACCACCCCACUCUGCCCCCACAAAACCAUCCCUCAACCCCACAGCAGCACCCUAUCAACCCGCACCCCAACAACCCCCACCCCAACAACCCCCACUCCCGCACCUCGCCCAGGACUUCCCACCACGCACCCCCACCCAACACCACCCCCAUCCCCCAAGGGCAGCAGCCUCCUCCCCCUCGACGCCUCCCCAACGGGUACCGCGCCUCCUCCCCCUCCUCGCAACACCACCACGGCCCCACCCACCCCGGGCCCCACAAGGUCCCCCCUCCCCAGCCCAGAGGGCCCCGCACGAAAGGCCUGCACGAACCCUACAACAACACGAAUGACAACAGAUGCUAG